CGACCGUGGUAUCAGCAGCAGCGAGAGUCCUUUGACAUUGUUCCGCGUUGUCUUAAAUGCUAUCACUAAUUAGCUAGCUAGGUAGUGUGGGCGGUAAAUUGUGUGCGAGGCAGCAAAAUACAAAAAGCGAUCACCGACCGCCGCACUUCUAGCGACGCACAAGCGGCAGCCAGGAAUCCUGGCCCAGGAUCUCGUCGACCGCCGGUCCCCAACGUUAAUUCCGGCAGCCCGGUAGGGGUUCAAAGUUUUGGUUCCCGACUCGAAUCCGAGUGGGAAAAGGAGCUGGACACGACCGUCAAUUCGUCCCUCCCGGAACGUGAGCCGUCAACCAAAGCGUUCCGAAAAGGUAGUACUCUACUUUAUCGACCAACGAAAGGAGUGAGUACCCAUAAAAACAUGCGCAUGUAAUUAUAUAAACAAAUGAUCAUUUGCUAAUAAUUCAAAUCCACACACGAAACGUUUCCGGACCAUGAUCGAAAAAUGCAUGGUUCCGUGAUUGAUUAAUCUGGCCUGAAAUCAUUAAUUUGAAAACCGCACACAGUUUGAGGGAAAGCAUAAGGGAGGAACAAAUCGAAAAAUAGUUAUGUAACCUAGGUUAAAUAAAAACUACAAUGUCACUCUGUACAUAGUUCUCACCAUUCAUGUCUCGUAAAUACAUACAGUCCUCCCCACCAAUGAGUUUAUGUUAAAUUAGUCGCUAGUGCUUUCCCAACAUUUGUCCUUAGGUCUAAAGGGUUUUUCGUUUGUUCUAUCCGUUAAUUGUUGAUUGAUUUUUUUAGUCUGGGACAGACUGCUCGGGAAAACAGUCUCCUCACCUGGGUUGCCAGGUGCCCAGAUUUGUCUGUAAAACCAAGUGUCGCGUCUCUACUAAAGCACUUUAGCUCGGGGAACUCAAUGACAGUCGACAUUCUGAGAAGGCGCAAUUAUUGGCGUAGAAUAAUGAGAUCAUCAUAGCAUUGCUCAAGAAAAAUUGAUAGUAGCCAUUGCAAAUUAUCAACACGUUGUGUUAAGUACAAGAAGUUUGUAAAUCUUAUUAUAUUUAGGCCUGAAUCGGUAAUUUAAUAGCUUCACUGAAUGAAAUAUUUAAUUAUUUAUCAUUAAUUUGCAUAGAUUGUAGUCCGCCGGUGAAACACACAGUGUGUAAAUGAAAUAGUGCCAAUACCACAAGAUCGCUAAGCGUUUAAAACCAGUUGGUAUGAUAGUGUUAUUUGGUUAGUAGAAAAAUACUUAUUUGCUAAAUUUCAUUAGUAGAUGAAAGCACAAAUUGAUUACCACAAACAUACUUACCCGUGAAAUCUGAAAUCAUAUUGCCGUGGGGGAGAAUACUUACCGUAAAUACUUACCUGGAACACACCACCUGUAAGAACAACCUAGAAAGAAGAAGUAAUUAUACUAUCACUAAAUCAACUUCAUUACCUUCAGAUACUGCUGCUUGCAAACUAAUAAGCAGCUAGAAAGAGUUGAGAAGUUGAAUGAGAUAAGAAGAGCAGGAAAAUCAAUAAACGUAAGUUAUUAUUAAGAUUAUGUAAACACAAUUAGUAACACACAAAUGAAUUGUAAUUCUAGGAUUUUUUUAAUACAUCUACUAUUAAUCAAACGGAAUCGUCUGCUGCCUCACUCAACGUCACAAACUCACAUUAAAAAAAUCGUUUAACAGUUCUAAAAACGAUGAAGAAAUCAUCCUCCGCCCAGAAUGAGAAGGCAACAAUGGGAGCUGUUCCAAAACGAGGCCGAAGUCCUAUGAAAACUCCAACGAUGACCUGUAUUGGUACGGCGUGUCGUUUUCCGGGUUCGACAACAAGUAUGCUGCAGUGUAACAGAUGCGGUAUAUGGUUUCACUUCCAAUGUGUGGGUGCUUCGGACGAUGCACUUUCCCGUGUGUGGAUCUGCAACACUUGCUCCCUUGAACCCACAGAUGUUCUACCAAAAAAAGGAACUAAGUCAAAGGGAAAAGAACUUCCGUCAUCUAACUCUGGUAAGAACGCAAACAAACACUGUCCAACUUGUGGUGGUUUAGACACUGAUGCAAUGGUGCAAUGUGACGACUGCGACCGAUGGCAUCAUUUUAAGUGCGCGGGUGUCACAGAAGCUGUAGCUGACAUCAGCUGGAGGUGCACCAGUUGUGAAAACAGUAAAAUAACCCAAAAGCAUGUUAGUUUUAUAAGAGAUAUUCCUGUAUUGUCAACUAAGCCUUCAAUAGAAAUUGAUUCAUUAUCAAAUACGGUUGUUUCCUCAGACAAUUCGCGAUUUUUGACCGUACCAAUAACAAACAUUCCCCCAAACGUUCUUACGUACACAUCUAUGCCCGCGAGCACGUUCGAUCUUAUGAAUACAUACCCCCCUUCUCAGUUAGUGCCAACCAUGUGCAGUGCUGAAUUCAACAGUGCCAAUCCGUCCUACGAGUAUCACACAUCCAAUAAAUCAACUGCCAUCGCCACAACCACUAACGUGUUAGUAGGCUCACGCACGACAUCUGGAAUCAUUCCCCGAGUUUCGACAGCUACGGAAACAAUCGCCUCCAUGCAAGCUAACGAUCAUCGUAACAAUCAGUUUAUGGGUUCUACGGAUCAACAGAAUCAGAAGGCGCCGAGCUCGACUAAGUCAUCAGUGAGACAACGACGGGUGUUGCUGGACCUUCAGAAGCUGCACCAAGAAGAACGGCUCAUCGAGGAGGAAUAUAAGAAGAAGAAGGAAAUAUUGAAUCGUCGCUUUGAUCUCAUGCAGGAAAUAGCUAGCAACUCGUCAUCUACAACAUCGAUAGCCGAAACUGAACCGAAGAAGAAAGUGGAGGAUUGGUUGGACCGUUCAAUCCCCGAAUUCACCCGCGAAGCUAGAAUGGAAUAUCGCCCACUACAGCAACAGAACCCGUGUAUUCAGCAGCAGUGCAGCGAAGAUGCGCAAGCAAAUGAGAAUACUCACAGGCACAGUGCCCCGUUGAAUCAAAUGAUUGCUCGAAUGCAGCCAAAGCCGUACGUGGUAAAUACAUAUGCUCGUCCAAACAUGGGAAAGGAAAGUUUCAUUCCAGUGCAGCAAUCUACCCCACAACGGACUACGGGUUUUCCACAUGCAAAUAUCGAUAAUUUGAAUAGUUUUUCAAAUAGUCAUGCAUUAGCCCGCCAAGCUGCGUCCCGAGAGCUGCCAACCUUCACCGGUGUUCCCGAAGAAUGGCCACUUUUUAUAUCUACAUUCUACACUACUACAUCUAUGUGCGGGUACACUCAAGAAGAAAAUCUAUUGCGACUCCAGAAAAGCUUGCGCGGAAAAGCAUUUGAUGCUGUAAAAUGCAUGUUAAUGCAUCCUUCCAAUGUCGAGUGCAUAAUGUCAACCCUCAAAAUGCUUUUCGGAAGUCCCGAAGUGAUAAUUCACAAUCUGAUAUCCAGAAUACAGUCCACGCCACCACCCCGUGCCGAUCGUCUCGAAACGGUGAUUGAAUUUGCGUUAGUAGUGAAAAAUCUCUGCGCUACCAUUGUAGCUUGUCAGAUGGACGAGUAUAUUUACAACGUCGAACUUGUGCGGGAAUUAGUGGACAAACUACCGACACAGUUUAAAGUGGAUUGGGCGAGGCACAGGAGAUUAAUCGCUGAUACCAGACUGACUUCCUUUUGCGAUUGGUUGUACGAAUUGGCUGAAACAAUUUCGCCAAUUGCUAUGCUCUCGUGCCAGGACUCCAGCGCAAACAAAGUUGGAAGAAAAGUAACCGGUUUUUUAAAUGCCCACUCGGAACCAGAUGAAAUUGAUCAACCAGCCUAUGCUUGGGGUAAACCUGAUCGUGGACAGCCCAAUACUCCUCCUAAAUCCUGUAACGUUUGCAAAGGUGAAUGUAAUUCUCUGGAAAAGUGUAAAAGGUUUAUUGAGAUGAGUUAUAAAGCCCGCUGGGCUGCAGUUAAUGAAUUUUAUUUCUGUAAAAAAUGUCUUGGUAAGCACCCUAGAAUGCCUUGCAAAUCUCAGAGAAUAUGUGGCACAAACGGUUGUCUUUAUAAGCACCAUCCACUUCUACAUAAUCCCGCAAAGGAUACGCAGGGUUCAACUCAACAAAACCCAGAAUCUUCUGUCGUUCAUCGAGAUUGUAACAUCCAUCACUACACUUCAAACCAGGCACUUUUUCGUGUGGUACCAGUCGUGUUAUAUGGCCCAAACAGGAAGAUAAACACAUUCGCGUUUCUAGAUGACGGAUCUUCGCUAACUUUGAUGGAAUCAUCGCUUGCUUCGGAGCUAGGAGUGUCUGGGAAAGUCGAACCACUCUGCUUACGAUGGACUGGCAAUAAAACUCGACAGGAGAAUUCUGAAAAUAUUACCAUUGAAAUCUCAGGUGUGAACGAGAUGCAUAAACGCUAUCGCCUACCAGAGGUGCUCACUGUUUCAAAUUUAGAUCUCUUCCAUCAGACUUUAGAUAUGGACGAAAUGAGGAAACGAUACAGUCACCUCAGAGGAAUUCAGGUUGAAUCUUAUGAAGGAGUUCAACCUCGUAUACUUAUCGGCAGUAACAACGCAAACCUUGGUUACGUUCUGAAAGGCAGAGAAGGAAAAAUGCAUGAACCAGUGGCGACAAAGACACGACUUGGCUGGAUCGUAUAUGGUGGUGCAGAAUUAGGUCAACAACAGUUUUUGGGCUACCAUGGAGCACAUAGAUGUUCAUGUCAGGGUGAGCAAUGUGAAGUUUUACACCAGGCCAUGCAAAAAUAUUUCUCGAUCGAUGGGUUAGGUAUCACAAAACCAACAACUCUUGUGGAAUCUAAGGAAGAUACUCGAGCACGGAGACUUCUAGAAAGCAUGAAGCGUAGAAAGGAUGGACGAUUUGAAACUCGACUUCUUUGGAAGUAUGACCAUUUCCAGCUCCCAGAAAGUAAAUCGCUCGCUCUUCGCCGUUAUGCGUGCCUCGAAACACGCAUGAAUAAAGAUCCAGAUCUUAAGGCAUCUCUCUACGAUAAGGUUAAAGACUACGUUCUAAAAGGCUAUAUUCGCAAGCUCACCGAAGCUGAAAUUGAAGAAAAGAAUCCAAGGGUAUGGUAUCUGCCAGUUUUUCCAGUGUUCAAUCCCAAUAAACCCAAGAAGAUACGCAUCGUGUGGGACGCCGCAGCUAAGAGUCACGGAACAGCACUGAAUUCACUACUCUUAACAGGACCGGAUCAGAAUUCCUCUCUUACUGACGUUCUGUUUAGGUUCCGUGAAAAUCGGAUAGCGGUUUGUGGUGACAUAUGCGAAAUGUACCAUCAAGUACUUGUAGCGGAGGAAGACCAACACUGUCAACGGUUUUUGUGGAGAGAAAAUCCACACGAUUCUAAGAUCAGCGAAUAUGUCAUGCAAGUGAUGACAUUUGGGGCAUGUUGUUCGCCCAGUUGUGCACAAUUCGCCAAAAAUAUGAACGCGAGGGAAUAUGCAGGACAAUAUCCUCGAGCAGCAUCAGCAAUUAUAGAAAACCACUAUGUAGACGAUAUGCUCAUAGCCACAGAAACAGUGGAAGAAGCUAUUUGCUUGGCAAAGGAAGUUCGGUACAUACACGCUCAAGCUGGGUUCGAAAUGAGGAAUUGGGUAUCUAAUUCACCGGAAGUUUUGGAGACACUAAAUGGUACGAGCGGUAACGAAAAGAAUCUCAACUAUGAUGCAGAGUUAUCCACUGAAAAAGUUCUUGGUAUGUGGUGGUGCACGAUAUCAGAUAGCUUCACUUUUAAAUUGUCCCCAAAACAUGAAAAAGAGCUCCUAUCUGGCGAAUGCGUUCCGACGAAGCGACAGGUAUUACGCACGUUGAUGGCCGUAUUUGAUCCUCUCGGGCUUCUCUCAAAUCUUAUGAUUUACCUAAAAAUUCUUCUUCAAGAAGUAUGGCGCACUUCAAUCGAUUGGGAUGAGAAAAUUCCUAGCAAUAUUUUCAAAAAUUGGCUGCAGUGGUUGGCAGUACUCCCUAAAGUGCAAUCAGUAAGUGUUCCUCGUUGCUAUCGCUCGAAUAUAAACUUGGAGGCAGACACUAUCGUACAGCUACACACAUUCGUCGACGCUAGCGAACUAGGCUACGCUGCGGUAGUCUACCUACGCUUCGAAUACCACGGAAAGAUUGAGACCUCCAUUGUUGCCGCUAAAGCUCGAGUCGCACCUUUGAAGUUUCUGUCCAUUCCAAGGAUGGAGUUAGAAGCUGCGGUCAUUGGAGCCCGACUGACAGCCUCCAUUUGCAAGGCAUUAUCGUUAAACAUCAAUCAGCGUUUCUUCUGGAGCGAUUCUCGUGAUGUACUCUGUUGGAUCAGAUCUGACCAUCGACGAUACUCGCAGUACGUAGGGCAUCGCGUGAGUGAAAUCUUGGAAACUACUCGAAUUGUGGAAUGGAGAUGGAUUCCGUCUGAAGAAAACGUCGCGGAUGAAGGCACCAAGUGGCAAAAACCUCCCGAGCUAACCAACGACUGCCGUUGGUUUAAUGGACCGGAAUUCUUACACCAAAAUGAAGCAAUGUGGCCAGUAGAACGAAACUUUCAGCAACCAACAACGGAGGAACUCAGAAAAAGCGUAUACUGUCACGAACAUAUCUCUUUACCAAAAAUACUGUUUGAUUCCUCACGCUUUGGGAGUUGGAACCACCUUCGGAGAACUUCAGCAAUGUUUAACAGAUUUAUACAGAACAUAAAAAAUGGGAUUAACGCGACAGCACCGUUAUUCGGACCGCUAUCAGGGUCUGAGAUACAGCAAGGCGAAAUACGUAUGUUUCGACAAGCACAGCAAGAACACUUUGCGAUGGAGAUAAAAAUUCUCUCCUGCAAAGAUCUUACCCAAAAAGGCCUUCCAACUACAAGUAAUCUUUUCGAAUUCUGGCCUUUUCUAGACAGCGAAGGUGUUCUAAGAGCAAAGACGCGCAUUGGAGCUUGUGAUGUUGCUAGUAUGGAUACCAAGAACCCGAUAAUCCUACCAAAGGAUAGUCACAUAUCAUGGCUUAUAGUUCAGCACUAUCACGUACGCUUCUAUCACCGUAACCAUCGUACAGUGCUAAACGAACUUAAACAACGCUUCAGGAUCAUCCCGAAACUAGCAAGCCUUUACAAGAAAGUACAAUCAGCUUGCCAGGUAUGCAAGAACAUGCGAGCAGCGCCUCAUCCUCCUCCGAUGAGUGAUCUUCCCGUGUCGAGAGUUUCAGCAUUUACCAGACCAUUUUCGUAUGUAGGCGUCGAUUAUUUUGGACCACUGAACGUCACCGUGAAGCGCAGCACCGAAAAACGUUGGGGGGUACUAAUAACGUGUCUCACAGUUAGGGCUAUUCAUAUUGAAAUCGCACACUCAUUAUCGGCACAAUCGUGUAUAAUGGCACUGAGAAAUUUCAUGGGAAGAAGAGGCAUUCCAAUACAAAUUGUAAGCGACCGUGGUACGAAUAUGAUCGGCGCAAGCAAAGAACUUUUAUUGGCUUUAAAAGAAUUGAAUCAAGACAUGAUAAUACAGGAAAUCUCUAGUCCAGAUACAACUUGGACAUUCAUUCCACCGGCAUCUCCACAUAUGGGCGGUUCUUGGGAACGCAUGAUUCAAACUGUUAAACGAAAUUUGAAUCAAAUAAGUCCACGACACCAACCAACUGAUGAAGUAUUGCGUAAUCUAUUGAACGAAGUAGAAAACGUGGUAAAUUCCAGGCCUUUGACUCAUCUUGAAAUGGAAGAUCCCGAGUCACCAGUCCUGACACCAAACCAUUUCCUACUAGGUUCAUCGAACGGUUUAAAACCAGCAACGUUGUUUGAUGAUAGCAGCAAAGCUCUUAACAAUACGUGGCGAACAUGCCAAGUGGAAGCAAACAUCUUCUGGAAGCGUUGGGUGAGAGAUUACCUGCCGGAGAUUACAAGACGAUCCAAAUGGCUAACGCCGGUGAAGUCUAUCGAAAUCGAUGACAUAGUAGUUGUUGUCGAUCCGAAUCUACCAAGAAACUGCUGGCCUUUAGGAAGAGUGAUAUCUGUAAUUCAGGGUAAAGAUAAACAAGUGAGAGCUGCAAUCAUUCAAACAGCGACUGGAAUAUACGAACGACCAGCUGUUAAACUCGCCGUGCUAGAUGUUAGACGCGGAAUUAAGUAA